CCUCGGCUCCUCGAUCCUCUCGAAGGUAAAAAGCUACACCUGACACAGCUGGAUACAAUAACUUGAUUCAGGCAUAAGGAGUUUCUCUUUCUUUCGUUCCCUUGACCAAAUCUCGAAACUUCACUGUAGCUCUCACGAAACUAUCACGACUCUUCUCUUUGCUCCUUACUAAAAACAGAAGCUGCCUUUAAUCCCUUUGCGCUUGUUGCUCCAUCUACAUUCCCUUUGAUCAUCAUGUCUCAGUCCAUUGCUGUCAAGGAUGAGUUGCAGAAGUCGACUGCUACUGCACCUCCAGAUGCCGUUUCUCAGCAAUCUGACAAUGUUGCUCACGCCCUUGCCGGCUCAGGUGGUGGUCUUAUCUCUAUGGCCCUGACCUACCCUCUGAUCACCCUUUCGACACGCGCCCAGGUCGAGUCCAAGAAGGCCGACACGAACGUCCUCCAAGCAGCCCAAAAGAUCAUCGCACGCGAAGGUGUUCGUGGUCUGUACGCCGGUCUCGAAUCCGCUCUUUUCGGCAUCAGUGUCACCAACUUUGUUUACUACUACUGGUACGAAUGGACCCGUGCCGCUUUCAUCAAGGCUGCAAAGGCUGCAAACCGUCCCAAUGCCACCAAGUUGAGCACUGUGGAGAGUAUGCUGGCUGGUGCCCUUGCCGGAAGCGCAACCGUGCUUCUCACCAACCCCAUCUGGGUCGUCAACACCCGCAUGACUGCACGCAAGAAUGAGAGCGACGACAGCGCUCUCCCUACCGAGGAAGCUGGUGUGAAGCCCAAGAAGAAGCUCAGCCCCAGCACCAUCGGCACGCUUCUGUCCAUCAUCAAGGACGAAGGCUUCAUGAGACUUUUCGCCGGCGUGCUGCCUGCUCUCGUUCUCGUCAUCAACCCUAUCCUCCAAUACACAAUUUUCGAGCAGCUGAAACAGUCUCUUGAGAAGCGUCGCCGUGUUACUCCCAAGGACAGCUUCUACCUUGGUGCCCUGGGCAAGUUGGCAGCUACUAGCAUCACCUACCCUUACAUUACUGUAAAGUCCAGAGCACAUGUUGCCAGUGGACAGAAGGAGGGCAUGUUUGACAGCUUCUCGCGCAUUCUGCGUGAGGAAGGUUGGGCUGGUCUCUACGGUGGCAUUGGCCCCAAGGUCACCCAAAGCGUCAUUACUGCUGCUUUCUUGUUCGCCUUCAAGGAUGCUUUGUAUAACGCAACAGUCAAGGCUCGCAGAAGCAUUGCACAGAAGGCGUAAGCAUCUUGUCUGUGACGAAAUGAGAAACUAGACAGGAGCGCAAGGAGAAUGAAGGGGAGCGUAUGCUGGGUAUAACGAACCAGGCCCGAACGAUGGGACCCAAGAAUCAGUUGAAUGACGAGAAGCAGAGGAGAACGAGAAGAGCAGAAUGGAGUUCACGAUCAUGUUUCGCGAAAUGUACAUAUAUUUCCCAGUCUUGUUUUCAGUGACGCGUACCAACCCCAAGCCAAAGGAGAGGAAAUGCACAACUUUGAACAAACCAGCCUCAAGUC